AUGGAUAUUACAUCUGCCUUUAACGCCCCGAUUCUUGCUGCGUUUGCAUAUGGCUCGGCAAUCAACACAGCCGAAAACGACAGUUCCGUGCAGACAGAUUAUAUUUUGAUUGUGGAAGACACAAAGGCAUUCCACUCGCUCACAAAGAGACAAUAUCCAUGUCAUUACUCUGCCAUUAUGAAAGCGCUCCCUCCAAGGUAUCUUUCUUAUCUGAAUGACACCAUACCAGCGGGCCUAUUUUUCCAUCCAUACGUAAGCUUUGACAACGACGUCUUUGGGCACAACGUCAAAUAUGGGGUUAUAUCCCUUGCUUCUGCUCUUGACGAUCUUAAAAACUGGAAGUUUCUGUAUCUUGCUGGAAGGCUCCAGAAGCCAGUAAAAUGGAUACGGCCAGUAACACACUUUCCGCAUUUAUGUUGUGCGAUUGAAGAUAACCUUUUAUCUGCGCUUUCUGCAUCUUUGCUGAUAUUGGGCCAGAAAAAAAAGGAAUGUUCCCUGUUUGAUCUCUUUACCAAGAUCGUAUCGCUUUCGUAUUUCGGCGACGUGCGAAUGAAGUUUGCCGAGGAUCCAAGAAAAAUCCUCAAAAUCAUCACCAUGGAGCCGUUUAAUGGCCAUUCGCCAUUUUCGCCCAUUUGUGCAAUGGAGGAAUUAUACCUCCCAUUGAUCAAGAAAGUUGGCGAAAUUGAGAUUUUUCAAGACUCUUGCACAGCAAAGGGGUUUAAAACGGAUGUUGCCACACAACUUCGCAGCAAAACGAUUUCGUUUCCUAAAUCGGAUGAAUACAGGCGAUAUUUAUCAUCAUAUCUUCCAAGGAGCUUCGAGGCGAACCGGUCAGACUAUAUCAAUUCGCCAGAUAAAUUAGCUUCUUGUAAGCAAAUUGAUCUUUAA